AUGAGUUGGAGUUGGAGUUGGAGUUUGAGUCAGAAAUUGUCGUCGAGAUCACUCAGUACGUCGUUUACGCGAUUGAAUAAUAUUUCAAUAGCAGAAAGACCACAAUUUACUGGAAAUGGACCAUUUAUUGAAUUACCAGAAUUUAAUCCAAUAGGUAGUCCCAGUAAAUUAUUAAAUAUUACUUUACCACAAUCUUCAAGAUUAAAUAUAAGACAUGGAUCUAUAGUGGCUAUAAAUGGUGAUAUAGGUCAAUUAGUAAGUUAUACAAGAUCAUUAACUAAAUUUACAACUUAUCAAGAAUUACAUUCACAAGAUUCUGUAUCAUUUAUAAUUAAUGGGAAUAAUAAAAAUUAUACAAUUCUUAAUAGUGAAUCAACAACAAAACCUUGGACAAUAUUAAAUGAUGAAAAUAUUAUUGCAUGGACAGGAUAUAAUUUUCAACUUGAACCAAUUAAAGUACUUGAAAAAUUUAGAAGUUUUCAAACCUCUGGUAAAGGUACAAUUGUAAUUAAUGGAGAUAAUGAAUUAUUUGAUAUAAAUUUAAAUGAAAAUGAAUCUAUAUUACUUAAUCCAACUAGUUUAAUUGCUACUGAUGGUAAAAUUCAAUUUAAAGUUAUUAAUGGAGAAAAUAAUACUCGUAUAUGGAACUUAUUAUCAUCGCUUAAAUUACCGACAUUUACAUUACCUACCACGGGUUUAAUAGGUCUGAUAAAUAAUUCCAUAACAGGAAAUUAUAACCAAUUCAAACACGCGAUUGUUAAACAAACGACAUCUAAUGAUGCGGUCCAAUGGAUCAAUAAAUCUUGGAAUCAAAUUUCGUCCACCAUAAAUAGUGCUUAUCAUUGGAUAAAACUUCGACUUACAGGUACAAUAAUUAAGAAGAAACCUAUAUUUGUAGAUAUUAGAGGUCCAGCUAGAUUAAUUAUUAGUAACAAUACUGUAAUCUCAAAUCACAGAUUGUUUACGAAAUCCGAAAUCCAAUCCAUUUACGAAGUAAGUAAGUAA